AUGGACUCAUUGCCUCCAAAAGUGUAUUGGAUACUGAUAGAUUAUCUGUCUGUCAGUGAUCUACAUGGCCUGGUGAGCUGCAGCAGGUCAAUUCAGAAAAAGGUCAAACCUAUGCUUUAUCGUGUACUACGCCUUGAUUUCGACAAUGGAAACGUAAAGCCACAGACGCUGUUACUAUUAAGGACUCUAAUGCAUAGUCCGGAGCUCAUGAAUGAACUCUGUCUUGAAAACUGUGCAUUAGAACAUUUUGUCCCGGAAGAAUCCUGGAGGCUAAGGUGGCUUGAUCUUAGAUACUGCUCAGGUACCGAGAUGUUCAUGCAUAGGCUAUUAUCAGGUCACCAGCUGCAGCUUUUGAAAGUGCUUCGCCUUUCUGGGCGAUUGUCACGAAGAACAUUUCUUUCUUUGCUCGUUUCAUUGGAGGAGAAUCGUCGCCUAGAAGAGUUAUCUCUUCGCCUAGAAAGCCUACCCCAACUAGUAGGACAAGGAGGCUACGGCAAGUCGCUAGCUCCUUCGAAACUAGGAGACUCUUGCCAAAGAUUACGGUCCAUAAUUCUACGCCAUCUCGAAACCCAUGGGCCCAGGUUGCGAUCAGCCACAAUAGAUAUUCGACAGGAUAUAGAUUUCUGUAUGCCCUCUAUGCUAUUCACCGUUCAAGAUAUCAUGAGGAUAAUCAAAUCUUGUCCCUCUGUGGAGUUCUUAGGCUUACCCAUCGACUUUCAUGAUUUAUUCUCGAACCAAGCCAGGUCUAUAAAUUACCCAGUCAAACUCCAAGCACUGCAUCUGAGGGGAGAGUACGGCGCUUUCAGUGAGAUGGCUAAGAACACGACUACACUGGUUAACCUGUUCCAAGCACCUCCAAGCUUCCAAAUAUUUGUAGGUUAUGGCAAAAUGCUUAAAACCAUUCAUAUACCCUCCUCAGGGUAUCCGUUGUACUCAAGAGUUACCAAAAGUCAAAAAUCAAAUUAUUGCUUGGAUUUAUGAGCAAACAGGGUUCUGUAGGUUCCGCCAUUACUAGCCACGAGGUUUUGGAACGAAACGACGCCGUAGCGGUUAUUUCCAGAGGCCUAUGAAGAUACAGGCUGUCAUACCAUGCUGAAAAGGACAUGUGACAAACCAGGCAACAGCUAACGACAUCU